GGAGCGCGGCGGGCGCGGCGAGCGCGCGGGCCGGGCGGCCGAGGACCCCAGGAGUGCUGCGUCCCCUGCCCCGUACCGGCCCCGCGCCUCCUCCCCGGCCAGCAGCGGUGGGUGCGCGGCGGGCGGACCUCUGCGGAGGCGGCGGGGGCUCAGCAUCGGGCCGGGGCCGGGGGGGCGCCGGGGCCGGGGGGCGGCGCUCCGGCCCGGCCCGGCCCCGCCCGAUGUCCAUGAGCGCGAACACCAUGAUCUUCAUGAUUCUGGGGGCGUCGAUCGUGAUGGCCAUCGCGUGCUUGAUGGACAUGAACGCGCUGCUGGACCGAUUCCACAACUACAUCCUCCCGCACCUGCGGGGCGAGGACCGCGUCUGCCACUGCAACUGUGGCCGGCACCACGUCCACUACGUGAUCCCGUACGACGGGGACCAGUCUGUGGUGGACGCCUCCGAGAAUUACUUCGUGACAGACAACGUCACCAAGCAGGAGAUCGACCUAAUGUUGGGGCUGCUACUCGGCUUCUGCAUCAGCUGGUUCCUGGUGUGGAUGGACGGCGUCCUGCACUGCGCCGUGCGCGCCUGGAGGGCCGGCCGGCGCUACGACGGUUCGUGGACCUGGCUGCCCAAGCUGUGCAGCCUGCGGGAGCUGGGCCGGCGGCCGCACAGGCCGUUCGAGGAGGCGGCCGGGAACAUGGUGCACGUGAAGCAGAAACUCUACCACAACGGCCACCCGAGCCCGCGGCACCUCUGAGCCGCGCGCAGGACUCGCGGGGCCGCCGGCCACCGCGCCCACGCUCACGGGACUGGACGGCCGGCCUGGGCCAGGGCGCCCAAGGCCGUCGGGCG